AUGCUAUUUCGUCGCAACUCUCAGAUACAACAGUCCGAAUACACCCAGUUCGUUACAAUCUCCGAUGGACGUGUUCCAACUACUCGCAAAACAACGGUGUGGAUGACGUCGGCAUUUCUGACUCAGGAUUCACCAGCACUCGGGCCCGAUGAGGGGGGACCUGUUCUGUUUCCAAUGCUCGUCCCAACAGAUCUUCCGUGCACCCUCCAACUCCUAUCUUCGCCAUCGCUGAAAUUCGCUCAAGUGACGGCUUACCUAGACAAUGGAAACCACCUCAUCUCAGUUCGCAAGUGGUAUACGAUGAGUAGCUUUAAUUGGGAUCAAUUGCAGGAAUAG